CAGAUUAAAGUGCACCGAUUUCCUUUCAUGCAUUUUUAAUUAUAAAGCGGAUUAUUAUUACUUCCUAUAUGAAUCUGUGUAAGUGAAUGUACUACCCCAAACAUGCUCACAUGCUGUAAGUUCUAAAGGUGAAUUCGUGUCACUGUGAAUACAGACUGAAGCACUAAGGUCUUUUGUAUGCUUUUGCUCCUGCGGUUAAAGACAUUUUGAAAAGCUUCUGUUGUGUUUCCAGUUUACUCUCAGAAGGCUUCCUGUUCUAAGCAGAUCAGCAACUGGAAAUUCCAUCAUUUGACCUGCACUUGGAUAAGAUAUACAAGUGGAUAGCAAGUAGCGCAUGUGAGAAGAAUGCUUUCAUCACCUGUCUUUGGAAACUUAAUCAGCGUUACCUUCACCACAGUGCCAGAUUUAUCAAUGUCGGCUCAAUUAUUUUAGAAGAACAUGUCCAUCCUGCGGACAGUCGUAGAGUCAGUGUCAGAGAAGAUGAAGAGGAGGAAGAGGAAGAGGAGGAAGAUGAUUACCAGGAGCUGACACUGAAGGAAUCUGCAGACAUUGAAAGGUUAAUGGAGGAAUGCCAGCACUCUAUUGCCAAUGCCGAGGCUUUCACGGAGCGACUGAGCAGAGACCUUGAGGUGCUGGAUGAGGCCAACAUCCAAUCAAUUAUUUCAUCAGAGGAGCAGGUGACCAGUCUGAUGGAGCUGAUUGAGGAAGCAUUGGCUGAGGUGUCAGAACUGGAGACAACAAUGCAGCUGUAUGAAGACCUGCUGAGCACUGUGAAGGAACAGAUGGAUCAGCUGCACCACAGUAACUCCCAGCUACAGCUUGUCUGUGCCAACCACCAGAAACUAACCCAGGAGGCUUUCUUUUUAACAUUAAAUUUAGACCUCAGCACCCAACAUCGUGAAAUAUUACGCAUUGCAGACUUCUCCAGUAUCAAGAAGAUAAAUGCUUGCAUAGUCGCUGUUGAGGCAUUAUCUCGUUGUAUGAACACUGCACUCCAUCCAGGUCAAAGGAAGCUACACGCUGUUGCUGAGCAGCUGAUAAAAUUGGAGAGCCUGCGACAGAACUUUGAGAAGACGUUUAUAACCCAUAUCAGUAAAAUUUUCAUUCAGCAGGGCAUUGAUUUGGGUUCAGCCCUAACCCAGCAGUCAGGAAAUCUUAACCUGCCUACUCACACUCCAUAUCAUGAAGAUCUACUGCAGUACAAACCACUGAUGGCCUGGCUGAAGACCACCAACUCUGCAUUAUUUUGGGACUUGCCUAAGGUAUAUGCUGAGAAUCUUAAAAAGCUCUAUGAGAAACAGAUAAAAGAAUUUUUUGAGCUGGCAAAAAACAAACUGGCUGGAGGAAAAGAUAGCAAGCGUUUCAGCUUAUCAGAAGGCUUUGAGAAGAUAACUGGUUCUACCAGCAGUCUCCAGAAGUUCCAUCAUCGGCUGUCAAUUACAGAAGUCACUGCUGGAGACUUGGGAGAGUUAGAGCGAGGAAAAGUGGACAAGAUCCUGGAGCAGGUACUUAUGCAGCUGGAACCGAUCUGUAUGAAGGAAGAAGAGUUUCUGGCCGCUUUCUUCGGUAAUGAUGAGCAAGAAACAAACGAGAGUCUCCAGAGCGAGACUUUUUCAAGACGAAAAGCUGAAACAAGCACUGCAGCAUUUGAAGAAUCUGAAAUUAAAGCUGGACGUCUGACAGCUUGCAUGGAGGAUAUGCUGGGAAUCAUUGAACCUGAGCUGCGAAGUUUUGUAAACCAGUGUGACAAAGUCCAUGUAUUCAGUGCCGUGCAGGUGCUGAUGACGCUUACUGAGCAUGUGCUUAGAUGCCAAAAUGCUGACUCCUCCUCUUUCCUCAAUGCUGCCUUAAGGAAGAUCUUAUUACAGGCCAAACGCAAUUUUGACAAAUGCAUUUCUGCGCUGAUAAAAGAUAUAGAAGAUUACAAACUUCCAAAAAAGAAUAAGAUUGGAAUCCUAACCUGUGUUACUAACUUUGAAGAAUUUGUGAACAUGGCGGAAGACAUCUUCCAGUCUGCAAAGCAGCGCGGGGACCUAGACAAAGCUUACGGGCGACUAAUUGCAGCAGUUUUCAGUAGCAUUGAGAAACUUGAAUCCUCACAUCUGAAGAGCAGCUCAGAUGUUGUAAUGAUGGAAAACUUCCACAGAAUCUUCUGCUUUCUGGCUGAAAGGAAGAUUGCAAGUCUGGAACCAAGAAAGAAGGAAGCAAAACAAAAGUACACACAGUAUUUGAACAGUUACAUCAAGAUGCAGUUGGGUCAACCACUGGAGAAGCUUAAUCACUUCUUUGAUGGUGUCAGAGGUCGAGUGGCACAGGGGGUGAAAGAUGACGAAGUAAGCUUUCAACUGGCAUACAGUAAGCAGGAACUGAGAAAGGUGAUUGAUAAAUACCCUGGAAAGGAAGUGAAGAAAUCACUGGAGCUGGUCUACAAGAAGAUUCUGAAGCAUCUUUCUGAGGAAGAGAACCUUAUACUGGUGGUGUGGCGUGCAAUGGAGCAGGAGUUUUUACAGCAGUACAAGGACUUUGACAGCCUUAUGUCUCGCUGUUACUCUGGAUCAGGGAUCACACUGGAUUUUACUGUUGAUGACCUCUUGCAAUAUUUCUCAAUCAUUCCCCAGUCUAGCAUUCAAUAACAAGGUGUUUUAAUAGUCACUCUUUACAGUCAAGCCAUCCAUUAAAAAAACAAUACUUGCAGAAUCUGAAUAACUUUGCUGGGCUUGUUUGUGUCAGUAAUAACUGUAAUAUGUGCUACAGUUUGCUUUUCGGUAUCGUGUGUGGAUAUGCCCUUGAUAUUUGUUGAGUUUUGUGUGCAAGCCCUUGCUAAGACUCAGACUGCUCUGCGUUUCACCUGAAUGGAUAUUUUUCUUCAUUCUUGACUUGUCUGGAAUUUCUCCUGAGCUUUUUGUAUGAAUAAAUAACUUGUAAGCAA